AGCGUUGGACGUGUGCGUGGAAGGUGGGUACAGCGCGUGCACGCUGGCACUGGUCGAGCACUUACCCCAGCUUCUUGUGCCGCUGGUCAAGAUGGUGCUCUCGCCUGACAUGGACGAGGCCAAGACUCAACAGGCCUUGGAGUACCUGUGCCAGAAGAACCGAACGCUGCACACGCGCAUCGUGUAUGGCCUUGCCGACCUGGCGGCUGGCUGUGGUGUGGAACUGAUUAGCUCACCGGAGAGUUGUGACAUCACCGUCGACAGUUACCUGUGCUCGGUGCGGAUCUUGCUGCAUUUGUGCAGCAAGCCACCGGCAUCGCCAGCCGAGCUAGCGCGAGAUCAACACCACCACCUGAACCCAGCCCGCAGUGCCUCCUUCUUUCGGUCAAUUGCACGAGCUGAGCCAGAGAAGCCGGCAAGUGCUGAUAUGGACCACCCGCUUGCUGUGUUUGACCCACUCUGGCAUCUCAUGACCCUAUGGUUCUGUGCUGUAAAAGAUGAGCUCCAAUCAGUAGCAGCAGCAGCUUCCUCAGUGGCGAGCGAGCCUUUCCAUAAAGUUCCGUCCAAGGCAGCUUCUUCAGCUUCAUCUUUGGAUGAUGUUCUGAGCACUGAGAGUGAUGUCCACUCAGCUAGCGGUGUGACGACCAGUCCUAUGUCUGGAUUGAGCUCACGCCUGCCCAGUGAUGGCUCUCUCAGUGAUAGUGGCCAUGGCAUUCCCAUUGAAGAGCUCAACCUCCCAACGCAUGUGUCAGCACACGAUCCCCCUCAUGCUUCCUCGGCAGGGAGUGGCCAGUUUGCUUCGCAUCGAAAACACCGCAAGGUUUCACUCACCCCGCAGACCCGAAGCCUGGCAGCUGCUGUUGUGAAAGAUAUUCCGGUUCAGCUAUGCAAGGCACUGGUUUGCAAAGAAAGCAGUGAUGGCAAUCUGCAUGGAGGCCUGCCUCUUCUAGCCUGGCGCAAGCUGUCUCGACGCCAGGAUCUCCCGAGCACUGCAGCAUUAAGCGAUAACCUGGCAUCAGUGGAUGACUGUGUGCCAGAGAGUUCUGAAUCCGACACACCUGCUGCCGAGCAACCGACGGAUCCAAGCAGCACCAGCGCUCAAGAGUGCGCGGAUGAAAGGAGUAGCACUGCACCAACAGCAGGCGCAACUGACAGGAUGCCUUCUAAGCUCAGAUCACAAGAGGGUGACGACGUUGAGGAUACGACAUCAGGUGCCGUCGUGGACUGCUUCACCGAUCGCCUGUGUGCCGUAGCCCGUUCCUACUUUAUGGUGUGCUGUGCAAAGGCACACAGCGGCCCGGGUUUUGGUGUUCCCGACGAGUUUGUUCACUUUGUGAAGGAGCACAUGGCAGCAGUGAAGGUCCUUGUGCUUCGCAAACCGGAGCUUAUCUUCGCCCACUUUGCGUUUCUGCUGGAGAGCCCAGAGCUACUACGGGAAUUCACACAUAUCAUUCAUGCGCAAAAGUUCGAGGAGCGGCGCAAAUGGUUCUAUGAGAAUCUCCACGAAGGCAACUCAUCAACGCUGGAUUUGGACAACGUGAUAAGUGUGUCUCGUAGUGGCAUCUUCCGCAGCUCCUGUGAAGCGCUGAUGAGCAUGGAUGCAACAAAGCUCAAGAAUAAUUUCUCUGUCACGUUUGAAGGUGAGGAAGGCAUUGGUUCUGGCGUACGGCGAGAGUUCUUUGAUCAGAUCUCCUCUGAACUGCUGAACCCGGACUAUGCGCUUUUCACACUAUCGGCUGAUGGCUCUACAUUCCAACCAAACCCGAACUCUGAAAUCAACUCGGAUCAUCUCAGCUACUUCAACUUUGUUGGCCGCCUAAUAGGUACAGCUAUCUACCACGAACAGCUACUUAGCAUCUACUUCACGCGCUCUUUCUACAAGCACAUCUUGGGCAUUGCCGUGGACUACAAAGACGUAGAGCACAUCGACCCAGACUACGCACAGAGCCUGCAGUGGUUGCUGGACAACAACAUCAACGACCUCGACUUUGAUCUGACGUUCUCGCUGGAGAAUGACGUCUUCGGCAGCAUGCAGGUCGUGGAGCUGAAGCCGGGUGGUGCUACGCGGGCCGUUAGCGACCACAACAAACGCGAAUAUGUGCGCCUGGUGGCAGAGCAGCGGCUAACCAGCGGCAUACAAAAACAGAUCAAGGCGUUCAUGAAAGGCUUCAACCAGAUGAUCCCUCAGCGGCUCAUCUCGCUGUUCAACGAGUACGAGCUUGAGCUGCUGAUGUCUGGAGUGCCGGAUGUCGACAUUGACGACUGGAGGGCGAACACGCACUAUAGCGGCGGCUACGACGAGACCAGUCAGGUAGUUCUCUGGUUCUGGGAGGUGGUGGAUGUGCUCGAUCACAAGGAGCGCAUUCUUCUGCUGCAGUUCGUCACCGGCAGCUCUCGCGUACCGCACGGCGGCUUUGCCAACCUGCCCGGUUACAGCGGGCCGCAGAACUUCAGCAUCACGUCGGCGCCGCAGGCGGACAAACCUGACAGCCUUCCGACGUCCUCUACGUGCUUCAACAUGUUCAAACUGCCAGAGUAUCCAAGCAAGGAGAUACUACAUGAUCGGCUGCUGGUUGCCCUGCACUACGGCAGCCAAGGAUUUCAAUUUGCAUAGCAUGGUGAUUCUUGGCACUGGACACUUACUGUUCCCUGAAGAAUAGAACUUGAGAUUUUGAAGCUGCGCUUUUACGCCUUUCCCUAAAUCAGUAAAAUUAAUGUUAUCAUAAUUGAUCAAGGACCCAUGGAGUAUAAUAAAGAAUAUUUAACAAAAAAGUAUUCUUGAUGUGCACAGACCUUUCUAAAAAUCGAAUAUAAAAUGUGUGUCUUCCUACAGUUUACCUGAACCUUUGUCCAUUUCGGUAAAACUGACGACUUGAAUCCGUCCAUGUUAAUUGAUGAAACAGACUACAGUUGCAUGCACAUCCAUAGUAUACCACAACCUACUGUCUUGAAAGUAUAAAAUACAGGUUCCAGGAGGAUACAACUAUGCACUGCUAUGUAUCUGCUUUCAAGGCAAAGACAUUCUGUUGUUUGUUUGUUUUUAAUUGUUGGCUCUACUAUACAUUGUUAGUUGGUUUGUUGUGUCGGAUGUGCUGAAGCUCCAAUA